UUCAAAAAGUUUUGUCAGUUACAAAAUCGGUUCCUCUUCACGUUCUUAAGCGUUAAAUAAUUUAAUAAUCAUGGAAGAUGUUAUUGUGUACGAUAAAAGUCUUCAUCAACGUCUCCAAGAAUACUUAGACAUCUUCAGUAGUUGCAAUUUACCUGUUGCGCAAAUACAAAAAGUUUGGUCCACUUAUUUAGAGUUAAUGUUGGAUCCCAACGGCUGGCAGGCGAUUUGGAAGAUUUGCAGGACAACGUGCGAGUCGUUAAAGAUCUCAUUUCCUACUUUAGUCCUAGUUUACGUUAAAGAUGUAGAUGUGGAAACACAUAGCGCUUACAUUGAAAUUUUUGCGGUUCAAGAUGAUAUAGAUUUGCCUAAAGAACACUUGGUGCCUUUAAAACAUUUAUAUCCAAUGAAAGAACAAGCGAAAACGGUGGCCCUAAACAUGGAAUCAACUGCAAACGCCCUCGAUUUAUUUAGAUUUUUUUAUAACAAUUUAAUAGUCCCAUGGGAUUUUGAAGAAGAUGAUACCACUUCAGAUUGGGUUCGUAAACAUUUAGAGAACCGUUUGAGAUUAUAUUAUGAUAUGAAAAACGGAAUUAUUCAACGUCCUAUUGCUGAGUAUAUUCGAGCAUUGUUUAUUGAAGCUCGUCGAUUACAAACGAGAAAAGAACAAAUUGAGGCUGAAUUAGAAGAGGAAGAUGUUGAUCCUGAUUCGGUAGAAGAUGAACGUGUUCAACAACUUGUUGAAUGGCAUGUUAGAAUAAUGAGAAUAAAAGGAGAAAUUGAUAUAUUAGAAAAUCCUUUAUUAAGAGGUGUUGUGAUAAAACAAAUGGAAAGAGAGCUAAUUAAAACAAAUUCUGAUGAAUCUCCAACAACUUGGCUUAUAACUCAAGUGAAAAAAACUAAAGAAUAUUUAGAAUUAAUCCAAGAAAUCGAUAAUUUACUCCCGAAUGAACCAUUAAAAAUUUCUUACAACUUCACAAAUACAUUGGACUCUUUAAAAUCUUCUGAAAAAAUCCUUUUAAAUAAAUCAACUCACCAUUUAGAAAGUGUAGGAAAAAUUAUGUGGGGUGGUCAAAUUAAAGGAAUUUCAACCCCAGAAUCAACAAUAAUAACAUCAGGAAGUGAUGAUAUUGCAUUAGAUUUUUUGGGAGAAGUUAUUUUGGAAAAUUUAACUAUAAAAACGAAAAAAUCCCAAUGUGCUAUUCUAGUACGUUGGGGAAAUGUAACACUUAGAAAUUGUAAACUAAUCGGAAAUCAUCAAGGGAUUAUCGUGCUAAACGAAUGUCAACUUACCUUGGAAAAUUGCGAAUUCCGAGGAUUUUCAACUGCUUUAGUUGGAAAUUCAGGUUCAAAAAUCAAUAUGAAAGAGAUUGAAAUACAUGAUGUUGAUUUUGGAAUGAAAAUUUAUGAAGGUUGUGCUUUAAAAAUCGAAAAGAGUAAUUUCUCUUAUUGCAGAGAGUAUGGGUUAAGUGUUGAAACAACAAAGUUGGUUAAUGCCCAUCAAAUUUGCAACUUUGAGAUUUUAAAAGAAUUAUCAAAUGUUAAAUUGAAUGAUGUUUUUGGACAUCAAAAUGGUAAAGGAGAUGUUAGUUUAAAUAGAAUGGCUAAAUUGAUGUCUGUAAAAGAUUUAUUUAAUGAUUUACAAUCGGAUGAGAUGGAAAGUGAAGUUGAAGAUGAAACUUUAAAUAAUUCCGUUAUUCAUGUGGUAAAUUAAAAAUUAUAUUUUUUAUGAUUAUUUUUUUAUAAUCAC